AUGUGCUUUAAGAAGCGUUCGACUGACCAACGCAGGAUAUUACAACCAUCUAGGAAAACCAGUCAUUUCCUACAAGGAGACGGCUACGUACAAAAAAAGGAGGUUUUCUCCAGACGGUCUGAGAAAGUCCAUCGCCAAGACAAUCAGCAUGGCCAGCGGGAUCAUAGGGGCCAAUUGGGCCAUAGGGGCCAACGGGGCAACUGGGCCAGCGGGGCCAACAGGGACAGCGAGACCAAAGAGGCCAGCGGGGACAACAAGGACAGCGGGGGCAACUGGGCCAACGGGGCCAGCGGGGGCAACGGGGCCAGCGGGGGCAACGGGGCCUGCUGGAACGGCAUUAUUCGCUGGCUGUUCUUCAUGCUGCUCAUGUGUCUUGGAAUUGUAUACUUCACCCUGGCUCUAUCCAUGAACAGCAACUCUCUUGACUCAGGACCCUCAGCGUCACUUUUCCCAUCAACCAAGCGGGAUAAGGCCUUGAGCACAUAUGAAUGGAUGGGGGAGCGGAUGAGAAUGCUGCAGGACGAGGUGCUGAGGUUAAAGUGGGUCAAGGAGCCACCAGGGGACACUAUGCCCAACGUUGCCCUGGAGUCGCAAGGGGCCCUUGUUUUAGCUCGAUUGUCCUCGGAAACAUACCAAUGCACCGGACCAACCUGUUUUCUUUCAUCCCUGAUAUCUCUUUGGAGACAACCUGUAGACCCAAGUAUUGUGACUCAGGGAGGACCAAUCGUGGAUGGACGCUGCUGGCCAUUUGAUGGUGAGCGUGGACAUUUAGUCAUAGCCCUGUCCCACCCAGUGACCAUCAGCCAUGUGACACUGGGUCACAUUUCAAAGACCGUGUCGCUAACUGGCAGCAUCUCGAGCAGCCCAAAGAUGUUUGCUGUCUAUGGCAUGAAGACUAAAGAGGAUGAAGGUACCCUACUAGGAACCUUUCUUUAUGAUCAGGACGGCGAGUCAUUGCAGACUUUCAAACUGUCUGAUCAGGAAGCAGGUGUCUUCAGCCAUGUGAAGCUGCAAGUCGAGAGCAACUGGGGAAAUCCUGACUACACUUGCGUGUACAAUUUCAGGGUCUAUGGGACCAUAUAGAAGACGGUGUUUGCUCCUAUAUGGGAUAUGGUGUACUGUGAGUGUUCACCAUACGAACCUGCUGGUUAGAGGUGUGGUGUACUGUGAGUGUUCACCAUA